AUUCGUGGAAGCGUGUGACUAAACUGGUGAUUACGGAAAUAACUGUUCAGCCAGAAUCAAAUAAAUAAAGGAUUAAUAUCGAGUGGCCACCUGUGUAAGCCUAUAACACUGUCCACAAUGUCCAGGCAAUCCAACCGAACAACAGACAGCAAGAAGAUGAACUCUGAGCUGUUCACACUGACUUAUGGGGCCCUGGUCACCCAGCUUUGUAAAGACUAUGAGAACGACGAGGAAGUCAAUAAACAACUGGACAAGAUGGGUUAUAACAUCGGAGUGCGUCUCAUUGAGGACUUCCUGGCACGCUCCAGCAUCGGCAGGUGUCAGGAUUUCCGAGAAACAGCCGAUGUCAUUGCUAAGGUCGCAUUCAAGAUGUACCUGGGAAUCACGCCCAGUGUGACCAACUGGAGCCCAGCAGGAGAUGAAUUCUCCCUCAUUUUAGAGAAUAACCCGUUGGUAGACUUUGUGGAGCUACCGGAUAACCACAGCACGCUGAUCUACUCCAACCUGCUGUGUGGGGUCCUCAGAGGAGCCCUGGAGAUGGUCCAGAUGGCGGUGGAUGUGAGAUUUGUCCAGGACACUCUGAGAGGGGACAACGUUACAGAAAUCCGAAUGAAGUUCAUCAAGAGAAUCGAAGAAAACCUCCCAGCAGGAGAUGAGUAAUGGAAAUGAAGGAGAAGUUACACAAGGCAAGGAACACUUUCACCUAUAGACUGACAGGAUGAACAAACCAAACUCAAGACAUCAAGCUGAGUGGUACAUCUCAAUCGUAUGUUCCCUUUCCUUGCAAUCUUGAAUAUUGUCAGUGAGUUGAAAGACUGUAUUAACAUCAUAGCUUGGAUCUCUCACAUUAAAAGUUUGAAAGGAGUCAAGGUUGAUAUAAAAAAAAAAAACCUCCUCAAUUUCUAGUAUCUUCAUCUCCUUUUUAUUCUAUCUGUGUUGUUAGGAGAAGAAUGCUAGGAGUUAGUUAGGCGAGACUAUUGAGAUUCAUCCCGCAGAAAAGACACACUGUACACUAUUGAAACACCACACCAAGAUCAUAACACCGCUACCUUGAAUAUUUUAUGAAUGACAAAAAAAAAAAAAGUCUUGAGAGAUCUGCAGUGCAGUUUGAGAGUUUCUCCCUAAUGACAGCUGUCAACGUAGAGGGUAAAAGAACUCGUCCCAGACCAUUUAUCUGUCACCACCCCACAUGAAAAGUCACUUUUUCUUCAUUUGACGUUAAAAUUUCUGUCUUGUUUCCCGAAAGAAUGAUGAGUUUUGAUGUGGCCAUGUGUUGGCUGUUUUUUUUUUUUUUCUUUGGUGCAAGGCUGGAAAGCCCUACAUUAUAAUGUUUAUAAUGUUUUCAUGUUUGUCAUGUUUGUCAUGUUUCUUUCUCUUUUUUUUGUUAAAUGAAAUCACAUUCUAUAUUCCUGCCAAUUGUCUGGCAUGAUAAUUUAUGUAGAUGCAUAAGUCAAAUAAAUGCAACAUAUUUGAAA